UAUAAAUUUAUUGUGAAGAGAUGAUUCCUCUUGCUCAUCAGCCUGACCCAUACAAUUACCCAAUGCCACAGAGAAAAGAUCUGAUGUCACUUUCUGUGAUUGAUCAGUGGAAGGAUGGAGAAUACACCCAAGCUAAGAAGUUUAAUACAAAUCGGGGGUUCAAUCAAGCGCUCAAGACCAGUGAUAUUGAAGGUGCCCAGCCAAAGCAAUUCGGCUCGAAAGUGAGUAAAAAAGAAGAAUUUACAAACCAGAAUUGGGAUAUAGACAGAUCUGGUCCCAGAGCACUCCAUAUUGGACUAAACAAGCCUGAAUAUGGAUUGAAGAAUGAAGAUAUCGAGCACAGUAUGCCUGAUUGAAUAAAAUUCAAGACGAUGAGAAGCGGUGAUCCUCUGAAUCCAUCUUAUAAAUUACCUGAAGUAGAGAUGAAGCCUGUAACUCCUCCAAAGUUUAUCAGGGAUCACAUCAAUAAUGAUGACAUUGAGGGUUCCAAACCAAAGAAGCCAGUGUAUUAUCAGACCAGAGAUAAUAUCUUGAAAGUUGAAGAUAUUCCAGGAGCAAAGGCUAGAGAUAGAACUUUCACUAGAACGACACAAUUUGAUGCUAUUAAUUAUAGAGAUGUGACCCAUGCUGAUUUCAAAUCUAAGAGAGUCACUAACCCACUUGAACCAACCUAUGUUGUCAGGAAUGAAGAUGGAAGCACAACUACAAUUGGAAAGAUUGAGAAUAGCACUUCUCAUAAAAUUCCUGAGAGAAAAAGAGGGCCAUUAUCAUCAAGCCUUGAGACUUCCGAUAUUGCUGGAGCUCAGACAGGCACUAAGAAUUUGGGUGUCUUUGCUACAUUUAAGAGAAAAGAUUACAGCAAAACUAAUGACAUCAGUGAUAUUGCAGGCUCAACAGUAGGGUCUUUGAGAAAAGGUCCAGCGACUAAAAGAAUAUCUAACCCGCUCAAUCCUGAUUAUCAAAUGCCAGGGGGGUCAGAAUUUAAAGAGACUAAUGCCUUUGGUAAUACAGGUCAACAAGUUGUUGCUGGUCCUCAGCCUAUUUCCUCUCAAACAAGAUUUGCCCACAGAGUCAAGCCUCCCAUCGCCAUGCCUCACAAUAUCAACAGAGAACACUUCAAGCGUGACAGAAACCAGUUCUACGGUGAAGAGGAUAAAAACUUUGCCGAUGUCGACUUCAACAAAUUGUAUAAAGCUACCAAGAACCCGAAUCCAGGCGCAGCGCCUCAGAUGGCUCCCGACCUCAGAGAUGACGUCGGUUUCAGAAGAAACGAAAAGAAGUUCUACAGUCAAGACCAAACGGACAAAAGCGAGUUUGAGUAUAACCAAGCCAAGUUCUACUCAGGUGGAGCCCAGAACCCUGCAGAGCUUGACCGAGCCAGGCUUGAGAACUUGGGCGGCCACGCUAAAGUGCAGAAGCCAGAAGUGAACACUAAAGCACAGCACUUUAAGAGAGAUCAGGCACAUUUCUACGGGAAGAGUUAUGCACCAUCUGGAGGGAGCAGUGAUGUGGGAAGUAUUUACCAAAAUAAUGCAGCUGAAUUCCAUGGACUUGACAAACCUACCCAUGGUGAGAGGCCAUUCCAAAACCCUAAGCAGUUUACAUCACAACCAUCUAUUCCUCAACAAAAUGCUGGCUCUGUGCUUAACGAAAGGAGAUUGAAAGAGCAUGAAUCGAAUAUGCAAAGAGAUCCUAAAUUUGGGAAGAAUCUGAGGAAAUUCUGGGGAAUGAAGAGCAACCCCACAAAUUCAGCAUUCUCAAGUAGCAACAAGUCUUAUGCUCAGAAAUUGGAUGGCUUCAUCGGCUAG